UGCCUGAUCGUAGAAGCGGCAGUGUGACCGAGCAGUCAGCGUCAGUAAGAUUUUUAAGGACCACUGACAAACGUCAUGCAUUACUUCAGAGACUGAGGACUCGUUUUAGACGUUAAAUUAGACUUAAGCUUCAUCCUCGUUUGAAAUUCUUCACCCUCCAAAAAGCACACGAUGCCAGUGAAAGGAGGAAGAGUGGCAUACCCGACAAAAAACGGGAAUGUUGGAACCUCAGGAAUGGAGGAGACGGUUUGGGAGCAGUACACUGUGACUCUACAACGGGACUCCAAGAUGGGCUUUGGAAUCGCUGUUUCCGGAGGCCGUGACAACCCGAACGUGGACAGCGGAGAGACGUCCAUCAUCGUAUCUGAUGUGCUGCAGGGAGGGCCGGCCGACGGGCUGCUAUACGAGAACGACCGGGUCAUACAGGUCAACGCCAUCUCCAUGGAAAACGUGCCUCAUUCCUUCGCCGUGCAGCAACUCCGAAAAUGCGGGAAGGUGGCCAAGAUUACAGUGAAAAGACCUCGUAAAAUCUCCGUACUCAAGCGUCCCCCGUCACCAGGCACCGAUAGCCGUGACUACAACACGUCGGGCUACUACGCGGACGACACCCGGAGCGCCCACAGCGACCCCGACGCCGACUGGCACCGGGGAAACGGCGGCCUGGGCUACCCGCGCCACCGCGACCACAGCCUGGAGAAGAGCCGCGGCCCAGGCUACCUGGAACCGGACUACGAGCCCGAACGAGGGGGGUACCGGCGGGAACGGAGCCGGGGCAGGAGCAUGGACCGCUCGCCCAGCCCCGACCGCGGAUACCGCCGAGAUGGCAGCCGGGGACGGACGCUGGAACGGAGCCCGAGCCCGGACAGAGGUUACCGCGGUCACCACAGCAGGGGGCGUGGCACCAGCCCCGCGGGCAGCUACGACCCGCGCAGGUACGAGCCGCGCUCGGACGACAGGAUAAGCAGGAGCUACAGCAGGGACCGGCUGCAGGACCACUCGCCGUCCCCGAGCCGUGACGGGCGAGGACGAGAUCGAAACAACUACGAACCGUUGGAGAAACCCAUCAAUGUCCUACUGGUCAAGAACCGACCAAAUGAAGAAUAUGGCCUCCGCUUGGGCAGUCAGAUCUUCAUCAAAGAAAUGACCAGCACGGGAUUGGCUGCCCGAGAUGGCAGUCUGCAGGAAGGUGACAUCAUCCUGAAGAUCAACGGGACGGUGACGGAAAACCUGUCCCUGAGUGACGCAGGGAAGCUGAUUGAGAAGUCGCGAGGCAAACUGCAGCUGGUGGUACAGAGGGACAAAAGACAGAUCCUAGUGCGAAUCCCUCCCCUGGUAGACAGUGACUCAGAGCCCGACGAUAUCUCUGAAAUGGAGUCGUACCAUUCCUACUCCCCUCAGGAUGACCAAAGGUCACGGCAGUCUGACCUCUCCUCCCACUCAUCUAAUGACAUACCGCGAGAGAACCCAAGGGAGGAUCCUCAGAGCAGACUGCCCAAGCCUGUCCCCACACCCUCUCCCCUUAGGGCACCAGAGGGGCAGCCCACAGCCCAGGAGGAGAGAGCGCAGCCGCAGCCGCAGCCGCAGACGCUGGAGCCUCCAGUGAUCAAGACAACGCCAAAAAUCUUGCUGCGGCCAAGCCCUGAGGACGAAGCUACAUACGGGCCUAACACGGUAAUGGUGAGCUUCCAGAAGGGCGAGAGCGUAGGGCUGCGGCUGGCGGGGGGCAACGACGUGGGCAUCUUCAUCGCCGGCGUGCAGGAGGGCAGUCCCGCCGAGGAGGAGGGCCUGCGUGUCGGAGAUCAGAUCAUGAAGGUGAACAGCGUGGAUUUCCGGGGUAUCGUCCGUGAGGAGGCAGUUCUUUUCCUGUUGGAGAUUCCAAAGGGUGAGACCGUCACCAUCCUGGCCCAGAACAAAGCCGACGUUUAUGAAGACAUCCUGGUGUCGGGCCGUGGGGACUCGUUCUUCAUCAGGACGCACUUCGAGUUUGAGAAGGAACUUCCGCAGAGUCUGGCUUUCGGGCGAGGAGAGAUCUUUAAGGUGGUGGACACCCUAUACGAUGGCAAACUGGGUAACUGGCUGGCCAUUCGCAUGGGCAAAGACAACCAGCUGCUGGAGAAAGGCAUCAUUCCCAACAAGAGCAGAGCGGAGCAGAUGGCCAACGUGCAGGUCUCUCAUAAGGGCUGUAGCAGUGACAGGGCAGACUUCUGGAGGCUGCGUGGCCAGAGGGCCAGUAAGAAAAAAGACAUACGCAAGAGCAAAGAGGAAAUGAGCGCCUCAGCCGCCCUGUCCACCCGUUUCCCCGCCUACGAGAGAGUGGUGCUAAGAGAAGCGGGUUUUAGGAGACCUGUGGUACUGUUUGGACCAAUUGCUGAUGCUGCCAGUAACAAGCUGGCCACCGAACUCCCCGAUGAGUUUGUCAUUGCCAAAACUGAGCCCAAAGACGCAGGGUCAGAGAAGUCGUCUGGUGUGGUCCGCCUCAACACUAUUCGCCAGAUCAUCGAACAGGACAAACAUGCGCUCCUGGACGUGACCCCAAAAGCUGUGGACACUCUGAACUACACACAGUGGUACCCUAUUGUCAUCCUUUUCAACCCAGACAGUAAGAACGGGGUCAAGAUCAUGCGCCAGAGAGUCAUCCCCGGAUCCAACCGGAGCGCCCGCAAACUUUUCGACCAGGCUGUGAAGCUCAGGAAAACCUGCUCACAUCUUUUCACUGCUGUUAUCGAUCUGAACUCGGCUAACGACGCCUGGUACGGCAGCGUGAAGGAUAUUAUUCGCCAGCAGCAGACGCAGGCGGUGUGGGUGUCCGAGGGGAAGCUGGAAGGGACGGAGGGGGACCUUGACCUACACGACGACCGUAUGUCGUACUUGUCGGCCAUGAGUGCCGACUACCUGAGCAUGGACAGCCGAUUGGCCAGCGACUAUGAUGACACGGCCGACGAGGGUGGGGCUUACACAGACAAUGAGUUGGACGAACCGUUGGACCGCCAGCGUGUGUCGGCUAUCAGCCGUUCCUCUGAGCCAGUCAUGCCAGAGGAGAUCCUCAGGAAGUCCAGUCCAGAGAUCCGGGGACGUAUCCGCCGAGUCGGGAGCAGAGAGAUGCUGAGCGAGGCCAGCCCCCCCCCACCGCUAAUGUCCACCUUUUUACCAGACCCUGCCAAGGCAAAAAUGCCCCCCCGAGACGAGGCACCGCGUGGGCAUUACGACCCCUCUCGCGCCUACGACUCUCACUCCAGCAGCCCCGCAAGCAGCGACCACCCCCGCAGCCAGGACUCGCCGGGGGGUUACAAAGCCCCCCCGCCCCCCGUAGCCCUCAAACCUUACUACAUGUCCCGAAACCCCAUAGCCACGGUGGACGUCCCGCCACCCAGGGAACAUGAGGGAGUGGCAGAAAGCCCUGAGGACCCCUCCCAGAAAUCCUUCCUGGGAAAGGUGAAGGCGUUCGAACGACUGGACCACUACGCACGAGCACAGAGACUGGUGGAGCUCCAGGAGGCACAGAGUGCUAGGUUGGAAAUAGCUCAGAAACACCCAGACAUUUAUGCUGUUCCAAUAAAAUCACAGAAACUGGACCACAGUCGGCCACAGCCUAUUGGCUCUAGUUCAAGGCCAGAACCUCAGACCGUGACCUCCAAGCUGCCGUACUCAGAGAUCCGCCAACCAUGCCUCAGCGAGGAAGAGGAGGAAGCUUACCGAAGACAACUGUCCGAGCAGACCAAGCGGGGCUAUUACGCUAACACACAGAAUUAUCAGGACACGGAAUUAUAGACACAUACACACACGCACGCACACACACACACACAUACACGCACACCUCCCUUCUCCUCCUGCAGCCAAGCUAGGCCUACUACCCAGCUUCACCAUUCCACUGGGGCACUGCCCUGCACCAGACUGCUGCUGCUGACUUGGAAGCCUUUUCGCUUUUAAGUUCCUCACUCUCCUUUAUCUUUUUCACCCUGUUUUUUUUUUUUUUUCUUUUCUUUUCUUUCUUUCGGGCUUCAGCGAAGUCAAGGUCUCUGUCCGUUUGGACAGGAACUCAUUUUUCUAUAUAUUUGUGUUUUGUUUUGUUUGUUUGUUUUCAAGGAACCACUUUUUUCUUGCCUAUGCAAAAUAUUUCAGUUUCUGACUGAGCAACUGAAAUUUAUUUGCCACGAUUCCCUAUUCUGUGCUCCAUGAAAACCUUAAGCCUGUGUGUGCUAUAUAGAAACCAGCUUUUUUGUUACUCUUUUUUUUUUUUUCUUUUGUAUGUGUGGUAGCGAGAGAGAUG